UUUCUGCCUAUGUCUCUCUCUUUCUCUCUCUCCAUCCACACCAAAUCUCUUUCGGCUACUUUGCGCAUGUACGGCCAGUCAAACCGAGCAUUGCAUCGACUCCAAGAUGGCGAAAACACGUCUGGCUUGCCUACUGACUCUCCUCUCAACUCACUGCUACUUCAGCGUGUUAGCAAUAGUCCUGAAAACGAACAACGAAUCUCCGUGGACCGAUGAGUUCGACAAAAUUGAGUUAUCAUGUUUGAUCGAGUCCAUUUCUACAACCAACCCCAGAAUUGAAUGGAAGAAGAUAACAAACGAGGGACCUAGUUAUGUGUACUUUGACAAGAAGAUCUCAGGCGACCUGGAGAACAGAGCGCUGAUCAGAGAACCUGCCACAUUACUAAUAACCAAUGCCACAAGAUCUGACACCGCCAAAUAUCGCUGUGAGGUCACCGCUGCCGAUGACCAGAGGUCCUUCGAUGAGAUUGUGAUUGACCUUGUUGUAAGAGUAAAGCCGGUGGUGCCAAAAUGCAGUGUUCCAAAAUCAGUGCCUUUUGGGAAGUCAGCUGAGCUGAGCUGUGUGGAGGAGGAGGGCUUCCCCAAGUCUCAGUACCAGUGGUUCAAGAACAGGGAGGAGAUUCCUGAGGACCCAAAGACCAGCCUCAAGUUCUUCAACUCGUCAUACACGCUCAACGCAGAAACAGGAACUCUGAAGUUCAUCGCAGUCAGAAAAGAAGAUGCAGACGAGUACUUCUGCCGAGCGAAGAACGAUGCAGGGUACUCUGAGUGUCCACCACAACGGAUGGAAGUCUAUGAUAUUGAUGUUUUGGGGAUUUUAAUGGGAGUGCUGGUGGUGGUCAUAGUGCUCUUGUGUAUAACAGCGGGGAUCUGCUGUGCAUACAAGCGAGGCUACUUCUCCAGCCAAAAACAGACGGGGAACAAUUACAAAGUUCCAGCCAAAGGAGAUGGAGUGGACUACGUCAGGACGGAGGAUGAGGGGGAUUUCCGACACAAGUCGUCAUUUGUGAUCUGAAAAGAGAGGGUGAUGAGGCGCACUGUGCUGAGUGAAAGACAUGACAUGUGGGACUGCACUCCACUCUGUCUGAUCACGGAGCUGCCACAGUUCAUGCUCGGAGCUCUCAGCACGACUGAAAUCCAACUACUCAAGUUUGCCAAAGGUGACAAGACUUCACAGGACAACAAUAUGUCAAACUAUUACACAUGUAGGGACUGAGAUUCAUUCGUCAACUGUUAUCACCACCAACUGAAUUAUUUAGCUAAAUAAUGGAGUUCUUACUUUACAGUUAUUGCAUGGUUUUAAACACCGAGCGAGGCGGAGAAAAUGAAACAUUUCUUUGUUCUGCCGGGUAGAGAAGGAGGAGACUCUGUCCUCCAAAUUCAGUCAAUCAUGAAACCUUUCUACUUAUGCUUCAAACCUUUUGUCAUUUGUAUAACAUUUCUUUUCUACUGUUGAAAUUUGUCAGACUAUUUUUGAUGGAAUAUAUUUUAAAAUGCCUAUAGAUAAAGGUUUACUUUUUUAAAUAUUUGUAAAAUACUAACAUGUGGUGUUUUUUAUUUGGUUGUGGAUAAAAAUAUGUAACACUUUAACCACUUUGCAUCAAGCUGUAAACAUUUACACCUUGCUAACGGAAGAAAGAAAGACAAAUGAAAAAUGACUUGUAUCAGCAUAUCAAGAUGUGGUUCUUGAUCGGCGGUCUUACAUAUUUAAUUUCUCCGCUGGGAAUGGCCACUUUGUGUUGUUAGAGACUUCCAUGUUAAUGUUUGUAGAUAGUCCUAGUAAGAGGCUUUGAAGAGUGCCAGUCAAAUGCUGUGAAACACUGCACACAAUCAGUGCUGCAUUUUCUUGAUUUUAAGUGUCCUUCUAUGCUUGCUGUUAAUCUUGUAUAUAUUGAAUUUACUGUCCAGGAUAGAGUUUUGCUGUUAUAUUUACGUUCAGUAUUACACUAAAAUAAUAAUACUAAUGAUAAUAAUAAUAAUAAUAAUAAUAAUAAUAAUAAUAAUACAGAGUUUGUAAGUUAACCUUCCAGACCCCACACAGCUCAGAUGUAAUACUAGUGAGUGGCCUGAUGCAGAGAGCAGAGCUUUCUGUUACUGUGAGUGACAGUUCAGGACUUUGUCUCCUGCCACUACUGACUGGUCUCAACCUAAUGAAGGUACCAAGAAGGUCAACCCUACAGUACAUACAUACUAUUACAGUCAGGUAAAGCACAUCCAACACAUUACACAGUGUUUGACAUGAAGCCUGAUUGAUCUCGUUUAAUCUGUUUACAAACUAUUAGUGCUAAUUAGAGAGUAGAUCGAAUCUAACAUUUCUAACCUUUAGUUGUGAAUAGUUAUUGUGAAAGAAAGGUCAUCUUAAGUUAGACUGAAGCUAAUAUUGUACGUAUUCCUCUCAGCAAAGCUGACCAACACCUGAGUGUUACAGUGACACACAGCAGGGGUCUGGAGGGUCAACACGAUUGUAUAUAGAUAUUUGUUCUUUUUUUUUCUUCUCAAGAUUAUGUAAAGUGAUGAAAAAUGUCCUAUUUGAGGCGAUAUGAAACUCUUACCAUUUGUAAGACUGAGAAAAGGUAACAUUUUAUCGUAUCAUUCAUAACGCAUGAACAAGAGCUUCUCAGCGACAGCAUGGCACCUGCAGUCAUGAUCCACCCUCGUGUCAGGAUUCAGAACAAACCGCUCAAUGUUUCUAAGUUCUGUCACUUUUGGCUCCUUCUCAACAUCUUUUUGAGCUCCAACCAGAUAAAACUUCACACUCCUGAAAUGUAUUCAUGUAACUUCCAUGCAGCUCACGUGAAUCUCUUGUUCAGCUGUUCUAAAUGUUUGUGUGGUAAAAUGUUAACUGAAUAUCAGUCAUGGUAGAGACGAUCUGCCCAUCGUUUGCACAUAGGAAGAAGAAACACUGCUCUGUCUUUUUCCAAGUUGCAUUAAGGAACCAAGAGAAAACGUUUCUGAGUGAACUAUUAACCACAUGAAGUUCACAAGUGAAUCCUGUUACAGGUACAUAAUACGGUGAGAUACACAGAUGCAUACAUUUCCCCUCCUCAGUUGUACAAAUGUCAUUCCUCUUAAGUGCCUUCUGCCUUUACAGUAGUCCAGUUUCUCUACAGCCAUGCUCUUCCACUUGUACAUUGCUAUGAUACUGUCGAAGGCUUCGUGUGUUGCAUUCAUUUAACCACAAAAACGGCGUUUGAGAGGAAUGAUGACACCGCAAAUUUCCACUUCCCUUUACAUACGUAUCUGCAAAUUUGUAAAUAGCUUUUUUCAAAGAAUUGAAGGUGUAGACAUGUUGAAGUAGAGAUAGAAUUAUAUUAGUGCCUAAAUAUAGUGGGAAUUAUUUUUGGUAAAGACACAUAGCACUAUUAGGCUAAAGGAAAAAAGAUGGAUACCCAAAGCAGGGAGGUUUAUAUACGGGCUCUGAUUUAUAACACGUUUAAAAAGGCGCACUGAGGUUUAUAUUUUUCAUUUAUAUCUCUGACAGCCGGGGGACUUUGAUUUUAAACCCCAGCAUUGAACAAAAUGUUCAAACCAAGAACUGACUCGGUAUUUAUGAAAGUGCCAUUCAGUUGUAAUGGAGCUGUAAUUAUUCAGGCGUCGUGAGCGUUUUAUAAAGCAGAGUUCAGUGUCAGCCACAACAGCAAACAGGAAUUGAUGUGUAGCAGCUACAUGUAGGCAUUUACCCACAGGCAGCCUGAACAAGUCUGUCUGUAGUCGGGUUGGAUGUUGUAAGGCAGCGGUGAUAGAGAUGAUACCUACAUGACAGUGAGAGAUGCUUUCCCGUGUGUGUGUGUGUGUGUGUGUUAGGGGGAAAGUUAAAUCAGGCUAACUCACCAUUGUCUUUCAACUGAAGGAUGGCAGCGCUCCACUGAUCCAGCUGUUAAACUGUUACAGACUGAGGACUGGUACAACAUGUAAGAAGACAUGAACCAAACUCACAUACAGUAGAAUGUCCAUUUGGGGCCUGCUGGGGUUGUUUUUGUUCCUUUUAGAGCCACUCUAUUUGUGAUUAAUAAAACUCACUUCUAAUAUUAUUGGA